AACCUGACAGCCAGCGGUCUGCCUCCGCACAGACAACACAGAGCCAACAUCACACUUUAAUGACAGAAAAGAGGAGAAAUAUGCCAAGCGGCGGGACGACUUAAAUCGACUGGACUGAGCACAAGAAUGCAAAAGAAAAGUUUGUUUCUACAGAUCUGUUUGUGCCGGAUAAAUGUCACACAUGCGGAAUAGUUUCUGUUCGGGACUUUUGAAUUGAGUAAUGUCUAAUGGGCGAACACAUACUUGGAUUUCUGCUGAUAACAAAAGGGACUGCCACGAUAAAACGAACUAAGUGCGGAGUUUUUCAUCAUUAGUUCCCAAAGGAAGUAAAAAGAAACAACAGUUAUCAGUUUGACUUCAGUGACACUGACCUGCACAUUUCAACUACAGAGCGAACCAAAUGCAGAGAGAAAGAUGCAUUUGGGUAAAGCUUUGCUGUUUGUCCUCCUCCUCAACUGCGCAACUCUGAGCUCAUCUCUGUCAACUUGUGCCACCGUGGAUAUCGAUCAUGUGAAGAGGAAGAGGGUCGAGGCGAUACGGGGUCAGAUUUUGAGUAAACUCCGACUGACAAGUCCUCCGCAGUCUCUCGGACCGAAUAAGAUCCCGUAUCAGAUCCAGGCUCUGUACAACAGCACCAAGGAGCUACUGGAGGAGCUCAGGAGGGAUCGGCAGCAGAGUUGCGGCCAGGACAACACAGAGACAGAGUACUAUGCCAAAGAGAUAUACAAAUUCAACAUGGUCUACGGACCGCCAGAAAGCAACGAUCUGCUCUACUGCCCAAAAGGCAUCACCUCUAAGGUUUUCCGCUUCAACGUCUCCGCCAUGGAAAGGAACGCAACCAACCUCUUCAGAGCAGAGUUUCGAGCUCUGAGGGUGCCAAACUCAAGUUCCAAGAGGAAUGAACAGCGGAUUGAGCUCUACCAGAUUGUGAGGCCAAACGAACACAUUAGAAAACAACGCUACCUUGCAGCCAAGAACGUGCUGACCAAAGGAACUCCAGAGUGGGUCUCCUUCGAUGUGACUGAAACUGUGAGGGAGUGGCUGAUGAACAGAGGAAGUAAUCUGGGUUUGGAGAUCAGUGUGCACUGUCCCUGCCACACGUUCAACCCAAACGGUGACAUCAUUGACAACGAGAACGAGGUGCUGGAGGUGAAGUUUAAAGGCGUGGAUGGAGAUGAGGAGCACAGUCGCUGGGAUCUGGAUCACCUGAAGAAGAGAAAGGACCAGUACCUGCCUCACCUUAUCCUCAUGAUGAUCCCACCCCACCGCCUGGAAACUCAGUCUACACGCCGACGCAAGAGAGCUCUGGACACAAACUACUGUUUCUCAAACACGGAGGAGAGCUGCUGUGUUCGCAAGCUCCACAUCGAUUUCAGGCGUGAUUUGGACUGGAAGUGGAUCCAUGAGCCCAGUGGUUACGAUGCCAACUACUGCUCCGGGCCAUGCCCUUACCUGAGGAGCUCAGAUACAACACACAGCUCGCUGCUGAGCCUGUACAACACUCUGAAUCCGGAGGCAUCAGCCUCCCCCUGCUGCGUCCCUCAAGACCUGGAACCCCUCACUAUACUCUACUACUCUGGACGGACCCCCAAAGUGGAGCAGCUCUCCAACAUGAUCGUCAAGUCCUGCAAAUGUAGCUGAGAAGAUGUGAACGGCAAGGCAGCACGGCAGGAUUUUACUAGGUACUGACGAAAAACCCAUGCUCGUUGACUUUUGGACUCUUAGCUGUGACAAAUACUUAAACUGACCCUGUGGCCUCGUGGCUUAGAUCUGAACACCACUUCUGGAGGUCACACAUUUUUGUAAGGAUGCAGAUUGUCUGAAAAACUUGAGAUCAUCAUUUUUUGUUUUGAUUUUUCCCGUUCCCACUCUGGAUGACAGGUAGUUAUUUUCAUUAAAAAAUCCAAGCCAAACAUCAUCUUGCAAUCAAAGUAUGAUAUUAAAAUAUUCCCUUGUAGAUUUGUGGAGGUGAACACAUUCCUAAAGAUUGCAGAAAGCCCUGUACAAAUCGAUCUGUGACAAAGCGGGAGCUGCUUCAUGGACCAUGAAUGAACUCAUUUUGUGGAAUAUUUUCUGCUUCAGAGUUGAAGAAAAUAUUCCACAAAGUUUAAGUCUCUACAUUGUCAGUGGAGCAGCUUUCCUGUCUCUACCCUUGAUGAUAACAUUGUUUAUAGUCAUAAAUAUAGAUUGUGCCCUACUGAGUGGUCGAAGAGUCCUUUCAGGCUGGAUUUUACCUUUGCCUUAAGUUCCCUUCCCUUCAAACAGUGGACAUUAUCUUCAAACACAAAAGGAGAAAGGACAGACUCGCUGCUGUAUCCAAAGCCAUAGCUGUGGUCAGGGAAAAGGAGAGCUGAGAGAAUGCCUGCUGGAUUUGCAAUGGAAAGUGAAUGAACAAAGAAGUUGAGCCAAGCUUUUCUCUUUUUGGCCAGCCAGCAGCAAUGGCCUUUUUUUUUUUUUUUUUUUUUUUGCGGUGCAUCUAUUAGAAUGGAUGGAGGAAGAAGAAGAGGAGGAGGAGGAGGAAUAGAAGGAGGAGGGGACCUGUAUGGAAGCAAAGGACUGUGAUGGAAACAAGCCAUGAGCACACUGCCAUUCACUGGAAGUUCUCAUCUCUAACAGGUUCAAAUUAUUUCUGGGACAUCAAAGAAUAUACUGGAAAAAAAACAUGUGUUAUGCAACAGGUUUUUAUGGGAUUUCUUUUACAUUAAUAGCAGAUUUGGUCUGUUAUGCAACUUGUCAUAUAGAGAUUGUUUCACUUACUGGGACAAAAAUUGACAUGUAUCUCCAUUGGUGGAAACACUUUUAUAUUGAACUAAGGGUACUGUUACAUUUUCUUGUGAUUUAGAAAGAAUGCAGCUUUUUGUCCAUGUACAAAUGACUUUGACCUGUUGUAUGUGAUCCAGUGUAUGUUUGACUAAAGUGUAUUAAAAGGGGAGUAUUCCCAGAAAGUUCAAUCAGAGCAAUUUUC